GUAACCAGCCCAUACUUGCUACGGUUGGUAAGAAACCAUGAAGCUUUUCAACUUGGGGUUCUGUCUGCUGGGAAUCCUAGUGUAUGAAGGAAUCUGCAUGAAGGUGAAAUAUGAUGGUGAUCAGGUCUUAAAAAUCGUCCCUCAGACAGUAAAACAUGCCCAGUAUCUGCAAGACUUAACUGAGGAAUGGAUGCUUGAUUUGUGGAGACCAGGUAUGGUUGAACAAAUCCAAGCUGGACACGAGUUACAUGUCCGGGUACCAUUUUCCCAUCUGCAAGAAAUAAAAGAGAAGCUUUUCCAAAACAUGCUCCCAUUUGAGAUCCUAAUCAGUGAUGUUCAGGAACUGAUCAACAGGAAUGCAGAAAUUGAGCCAAAAAAACAAAAAAUAUCAUUGGACAAUUAUGAUUAUACUAAAUAUCAUCCCAUGGACGAGAUCUAUGACUGGAUGGAGCAGAUUCAAGUGAAACACAGUGACCUGGUGACAAAACAUUUUUUGGGAUCUACAUAUGAAAUGCGGCCAAUCUAUUAUUUUAAAAUUGGAUGGCCAUCAGACAAACCAAAGAAAGUAAUCUUCAUGGACUGUGGAAUCCAUGCAAGGGAGUGGAUUGCAGUCGCUUACUGUCAGUGGUUUGUGAAAGAGAUCCUUUCAAGCCACAGUAAUGAUGCAUUGCUAACCAAUGUUCUAAGACAAGUAGACUUCUACGUAGUACCAGUGUUUAAUAUUGAUGGAUAUAUAUACUCCUGGACAACAGAACGUCUGUGGAGAAAAAAUCGCACACCAUAUAAUAAUGCAACCUGCUACGGAGUGGACCUGAACCGUAACUUUAAUUCAGCAUGGUGCACUGUCGGUGCUUCCAGAGACUGCAACUCCUAUACUUUCUGUGGCUCAGCCCCUGCUUCAGAACCCGAGACACAGGCAGUUGUCAAUCUCAUUGAAAGAAUAAAAUCACAAAUACUUUUCUAUCUUACCAUUCACUCCUAUUCACAACUGAUUCUUCUUCCUUAUGGCUACACAACCAAUCCUUCAGCAAACCAUGCAGAGAUGACGAAAGUUGCAGAAACAGCCGUUGCUAAAAUGAAGGAGAAACAUAACAUCGAGUACAGAGUGGGCUCAUCAUCUGUCAUAUUGUAUGAUAAUUCAGGAUCUUCAUGUGACUGGGCUGGUGAUAUUGGAAUAAAAUUCUCCUACACCUUUGAACUGAGAGACAAUGGUACAUAUGGUUUCGAGCUUCCACCUCAUCUAAUAAAGCCUACUUGUGAAGAGACAAUGACUGCAGUUAUAUCUAUGUUGGAGUAUGCCAAUGAAGAAUACCUUGAGGCUAGUGCAAAAACUGUGACCUUUAUGUGGCUUAAUGUGCUUCUUUCUUGUGCUGUUUGUGUGUAUUAUGCACUACUGCAUUAACUAUCCAAAUUAUGAAAAUGUUGUUUUAAUAAUUUUGUCUUUCAUUUAAAAGGCAUAUGCCCUUGUAAUCUCUAAUAAAACACACAUUUAGAAGGACUCUUUAGGACCAGUAAGAGUUUCAAUUAUAUUAAUAUUCUUUACCACACAUAUUUUCACGCAAUAUUAAAUAAACAGCACAUCCCUGACAACAUUUCAGAGGAUCAAUA